AUGACACAAUUAGGUGAUAGCCAACGGCCGUUUGUGAACUGUGGGGGGAUUGCAGUCGUCCUCUGGGCUGGCGUCAUUUUAGGCUGUUCUUCUGUGCUCGCCGAGUAUAACCAGAUAACAGCGGCAGCAGCUCAUACCCAGGAAAGCAAUGAUAGACAAAACCAAAAUGCGGCACUGUUGCGUCGACGGCCGGAACCGCGGCACAUUGCAUGGUCAACGCUUGCCUACAGAGACGGCCGUCACUUCCAAAGUAUAUCGCGCCACGAUGUUGUUAUGCAGUCGACAUACAUGACGGAGUUACCAAAUGCUGAUACUACACCGCCAGUGAAACCAGGGUUUCACCCAGUGUCGCCGGAAGUGCAAGGUGAGAUCAAAGAAGCUCAAGCAAGACAGGGAGAGAAUCGAGAUUUUAGAGAUUGGUAA